UGCCGGACCACUUCUACCACCACAACACCGAGGAGCAACAGAGCAGAGCAGUUCGUCAACAACAAGAAGGUGUGACAGCCAGCAGACACAACUUUCCCCAGCAAACUCUGAAGCUACACCCAGCCGCUCACCACCGCUCACCUGUCCGGUAGACAGGCCGUCUCAAUGCAUCACAGAGCACCGAAAACACCGAGAGGAUCAUGGAUGUGUACGACUUGUUUAGCAGCUGCAGAAAGGGCGACAUUUGUAGAGUCAGAUACCUUGUUGAACAAAGAGACGUGGACCUCAAAGUAAGAGAUAAAUGGAACAGCACCCCUUUGUAUUAUGCUUGCCUCUGUGGUCAUGAGAAGCUGGUCCAGUACCUGUUGGACAAUGGUGCCAAGUGUGAAGCCAACACGUUUGACGGCGAGAGGUGUAUGUACGGCAGUCUGAACGAUUCUGUUCGACGCCUGCUCAAAGAUUAUAAGUGCAUCAGUGUCCGUGCCAUGCAGCGGGUUGAUUUUAACUACUUUCUGCACAUGUUACUGGAGCAGGGUCAACACAGCGACGUCAAGUUCCAGGUCCAUGGACAAAUAUUUACGGCCCACCGAUGCAUUCUCAGUGCACGCUCAGAGUACUUCACUGAUAUGUUUGAGACCAAAUGGAAAGGGAAGAACUUGAUCACCCUCAAACACCCUUUGAUCAACCCUGCAGCCUUUGGAGCCAUCCUGCAAUAUUCCUAUACAGGACGAAUGGAUAUUGAUAUAAGCCUUGUGGAGGACUGCAGGCGACUUGCUAAACAGUGCAAAAUGGAAGGUCUAAUAGAGCAGCUGGAGAAUAAAUGCAAACAGCUAUAUGAAUUUGUGUCCAACAAGCCAGGAAUCUGUGUGAAGGUUCUCAGCCUGGAGCCUCACGGAUGUCAACUUCAGGAGGAGAUGGCUCAGUUAGCAGACUGUGCACUUCCCAUUGCACUAAGAGUUGGAUUUGGUGAACUUCCCUUUAACAGAGUUGACCACUUCCCUACUUAUCCUGACAUCUGCUUCAGAGUCAACGGGUUCGACUUCUUGUGCCAUAAGGCGUUUUUCUGCGGACGUAGUGAUUAUUUUAAAGCCUUGCUGGAGGACCACUUCAGUGAGGGAGAGCAGCUGCAGUCCCAGCCCAGCACCCCAGUGAUUACUUUACACAAUAUUUCCGAAGAAAUAUUCAUCCACGUCAUGUAUUACAUCUACACUGAUGGCACAGAGCUAAUAACGGAUGUCGUGUUUGACGUGCUGUGCAUGGCCGACAUGUAUCUUCUGCCGGGGCUGAAGAGUCUUUGCGGGAAGACGCUCGCUAAGACUAUAUGUGAGGACAACGUUCUGUACAUGUGGAAGAUGGCAAAGCUUUUCCGUCUCUCUCGGCUGGAGGAUCACUGCACGGAGUUCAUGGCCAAGAUCAUUGAGCGGCUGGUGGAGCAGCCAGAGUUUGCAGAGAUCAUCAAAGAGGACGCUGAGUCUGUGGAAGAUCGACAAGAGACAGACUCCGUCCCCCUGGUGGACGAAAUCCGCUACCACAUCGCCUGCAACGUGCAGACGUACAGCGCAAUAGAGGAGGCCAAUCAGAAACUGGACGCCUUGGAGGAGCUGCUCACCAACAUCAAUAUUUACUGCUGAGGGGUCAACAGGUUGUGGCUCGUGGCUGCAGAGUUUGAGGUUUUUAAGUUGGAUGUUUGGGAGGGGAUAUGGUGGUGGAAACAUAGCGAGAGAAAAACAUGUGUCUGGAUGUUUGUAGGUUUUAUUUUAGUUAUAGUAUGUUGUACAGAAUAUAUAUUUUCAAAGUAUGUUAUGAUGUAUAUUCAGAGAAAGCAUCUUUAAGGUGCAGUCAGCGAUUCUGGAGAAGGAUUGUUGAUAUUUGAACUCAACACACAAAACAAAUACUUUACUUUAGAUUUACCGUCCCUCUCGCUCCCACUGCCUUUCUCUUUAUACAUCCAUGGCCUUUCCCUUGCCCUGUGCAUGAUUGCUGAUCAUGUUGCUGAUUGGCUUGACUAGUGUUGCGUAACUUGGUCCGAGACACUUUGUUUGUAUUUUUUUACACACAGAACAGAUGGCUAGUGGACCGUGAGGAGAUAUUCGCUGAAUUUGACAAAAAGAGUAUUGGAUUAGAAUCGCUGACUGCGCUUUUAAAUGAUUCUUUGAGUGAGAUAUAUCAAAAGAUAUUUGGUAUCAAGUACCAAGUUCUGCAAAAUGGGUUUUGAGAAAAUUGUGUAUGAUAUAUUUACACAUGCAUGGAUUUAUUUUACGCAUUAUUUGUAGCUGCUAGAAUUUAGACUAGCUGGUUAAUUAGCUCUUUUAAAAUGCACUUCAGCUCCGACAAAGUUCUUCACCAGCUCUCAUAUCGAACUCCAAGAAAUUGUAUUUUUAUGCUCUAAGAAAGCCAAAUGACUGCAUACCAUGCACUGACACGCACUUGAUAACUAUGGGUAAAAAGACGAACAGUGCAGUAUGAGUUCACUUCAUUCAUCCAGCAAAUUUUUUUUACCUCUAAAUCCUCAUUUUAGGGUUACAAAGAGUAUAGUUUUAUGAUGUAUUUCAUGCGCAGAAGCAUGUAACUUUUAUUUUGGAUUUCAUUGGAUCUGGCGGCUGAACUUCACCAAACUAUACGACCUGUAAAAUUGCUCCAGUGUGACACUUAUUAUUAUUACACUUAUUCCCCUCUAACAUAUUCCUGUUAGGGCUGGACAAUAUGACAAUAUAUAUCGUUAAAACAAUAUAAAAAUGUCUAUUGUAUAUAUUUUCUAUAAUGUUUCUAUUGCGAUAUAGGCUAGGUCUAUAUUUAUCUAUUUUUUCUCUAUAAUUUCACUUAAAAUGUUAAGGUCAUUUUGCACUGAAGUUCUUAAAAUCAGAAAAUAUUAAGUACUUUUCAUUUGUGAAGUAUUUAAUUCAUACAGGAGAAUACAAAAAUAGGCUUCACCGUGUGGUUAUACAAAUUGACUAUUUAUUUAUUGAAUUACCAGAAAACCAGCUAUAUCAUGCUAUAUAUCGUUAUCGAGAUAUGAAAUUACCUAUAUCGUGAUAGAAGAUUUUGGCCAUAUCGCCCGGCCCUAAUUCCUGCCCUUUGUUUUAAACCUUAAAUAGAAAAACUAAGUUCCUGCUGCCUUGUAUGAUAACAAACCUCUCUUGCCCAGUGUGUGCACAAGAACAUAAAUCUGUUACAAAAAUGUUUGCAUGUAAAAUCCACCAUCAACACAGGGAAAGUUUGGUUUUCAAAAUGGUGAUAUCCAUUUCUCAGUCUCACCCUGCUAUUAUAAAAGUGGGUAAAUAACUGCUCUUGGUUUUGGCAAUUAAACGUGGUCUUGCAAACAC